CUUUCCUCGCUCGUUUUUUCCCGGGUCGCUCCCUUCAUUUUUCUGCGCGCAUGGUCGGAACCGCCACCCCGACCUGUCCCAUCGCGUUUUUCCGGCCUGGUAUUUCAGGUGUCCAUCCUUCAGCUGUGCUAAUACGAGGGCUGGCCUCGUCGACUGCGCUCUUUGGGCCGACAAUCUGCGACGACUCCUACCACCGUGGCCCCCAUUCCUCUCUACUACCCCCCCAGUGGCCGAUCCGACGGGCAAUGGGGGAUGCCUCCUCUAUCCGCCUACACGCCCUUUGAGUCGCUCCUCUUCUUCCAAUCGCUUGCCGGCCUCGAUACGCCUCCCGCAAACUUCGCCUCUAUUUCCGAUGUUCUCCGCAACAAUCCCUUCAUUCAACAGAAUGCCGCCUAUGAUGCGGGCAGGCUCGCCCCCGAAGCCUUGGAAGAUCUUUAUACAACCCUGAUGCGAGAUGGCGUGGAUUCCAUCACAUCAGGUCCGAACGGCCAUCAUACGGAGAGCUCCGGUGCCAACAAUUCCAAAAAGCGCAAAAUAUCCAGUCCUCGACCGGAUGGGUUGGCGGACAAGGCCCUGAGCCAUGUCAGCAUGGUGCCAGGACUAGUGUCGCAUCUGUACGCCCGGUAUAAGGAGCUGGUGACCCGGGAAAUCAGGAACGAGGAGCAGCGAUACAAGGAAAUCAGAGAGGAGAUUGAACAGCUACAAAGGGAGGAGGUGGAAGCUCCUCCGGAGCCUGUGACAAGACCAACUCCAGCGCAGCCGAUUGCACCGGCGCAGCCAGAGCCGGCGCCACAACCAAUGGACGUGGAUGUAAAGGGAGAGAAGCCCAUUCCUCAACCUCGUGGAGAACCUAUGCACAUCGCGAUACCGGCGGUGGGGGGGGACGCAAAGCAGCCACAAUUGGAACCGCCGCGCAAGGACCUAGAGAGCAAGCAACCAGCAAAACCAGCACCGCGCCCACCGCCUACACCCCAACCUGUGCUCGCGCAACCCGCGCAGCCCGCGCCGCCGGUCCAGGCUGUCGAGCAGCCUCCGAAGGAACAGGAAAAGAAGAUCCAACCACAGCCACAGUUGCCUCAGCAGCUGCCGCAACCGUCACCUCGGCCCCAGCCCAGUCUUCAACCGGCGACCGCCCGCCCAUCGCAGCCACCGGUUCCGAAUGGAAAAGUGUUGGCAGCAUCACAACCACCGCUUGUGCCCAGGAAUUCCCCUGCGAACCAUGCACCAGUGAACGCGCCAAUUACGCCGUCGCCAAGAUCAUCCACUGCUGCAACGCCUAGUGCUGGGGUCGCGCGCCCUCCCGCAGUCACACCCUCUCAAGCUCCGCCAAAAGUCAGUGUGUCAAUUCCUUCUACCCCGCAACAGGUUCCUCCCAGCAAACCUUCUAUCAAGGAGACACCACCGGUACCAGCCGCUAGCCCAGCUCCUCAGCGCCCUCUACCCCAGGCUAGUUUCCAACAGUGGUCGUUGAACCAGCCCCCGCAAACUCCUCAGCCUCCCGCAUUUCCGAAGCCGAAACCCGAACCAACAAAUAUUGCUGGUGCUGGACGGCCGGUCCAGUCUCCCGUACCUCCUCCCAUCCCAGCUUUUGAGAGCAAGAAGGCACCUCAACCCCCUCGACCAACGCCAGUUCCCUCGACCCCUGGUCCUGUGCCCGCGACAGCCCAAACGCCAGCUCAUAAUGUCCCACCGCCAGUGUUUCAGACACCAAUUGGCCCGGCACAGGCAUCAAUCCUUUCGCGGCCGACCAGUGCCCGGCCUCGGCCUACGAUUGAUACAGGUUCUCUGACACCUGGCUCGAUGACGCCAUGGAAGAAGACCCCACGGUUAAGUAUCGCUAUUUCUCCUCGUUCACCCGAGCGGCCACGACCAGAGGAGAUCAGUCCUAUCAGUGAAAAGGCACCAUCUCUGAUGGGAUCCCGGGAAGCAACGCCGGAAGAGCCUGAGCCUCGUCGCCGAAAACGCAGGUCUGAAGCCAAGAGCAACGGAGCUAACGAUCAGACCCUAUCGAUUGAUUUGGAUCACAAAGGAGGGCCAAAAAGGAAAGGCGAGAAGUCAUCGCUGUCCACUGGAAAGGAUCGUGAUCGAAGCACGGCUUCAUCCAGAAGUCGGGGUCGGUCAGUGUUGUCGCGUGAUGAAGAGUCCAUGGCAGAUGCGGGCUCUGGGAAAAUCAAGCAUGAAGUACCCAGUACCCCGGCUGGUGUCUCUGAAACUGCUGAACCCGAACGGCCUUCUGUCAGUCGUCCUGGCAGGGGGCGACCCAAGCGCAAGCGUGCUCCGAGUGAGAGUCUCGAGGCCGAACCUUCUCAGCCGGAGUUCACCCAGCUGAGUCGCCUUGACCCCAAUAUGUCGUCGACGUACGUGGUAUGCGCGCGGAAUUUCCCCCGCACCGGGGCUCCUAUCAUGAACGAUGUGACCACGCACAAGCAUGCCUCGAUCUUCACCAAGCCGUUGACUGAACGUGACGCUCCGGGAUACCGCGAUCUCAUCUAUCGACCGCAAGACCUCAAGUCCAUCAAGUCGCUGAUCCACCAGGGCAGCAGGGCACUAGCCGCAGCCACCGAGGCCGCCAGCACGCCGGCAGGAGAUGGGGAGUCACCAGCUCCUGGUGUCGGAACCCCAUCGAAGAACGCUGUACUUAUGCUGCAGAAGACCGAGGACGUCAUACCUCCAAAGGGGGUGGUCAACUCCGCCCAGCUGGAGAAGGAACUGAUCCGCAUGUUCGCCAAUGCGGUGAUGUUCAAUCCCAUUCCCCAGCGUGGCUUUGGGCCCGCCUUCCCCAUGAUCAGUGACAGCGGUUCGCGAGAAAGCACACAAGUCCCCGAACCCGACGAGGGCGGGAUCAUCAAAGACACACUGGAGAUGUUCGAGGACGUCGAACAAGCGGUCACGAGAUGGCGCGCCGCGGAACGUACAGCCGACGAGCUCGCUAGCAAGAGCAUCCUCGCGCUUCGGCGCGGGAGUGCCAGCGAUCUCAACACCGACAGUGCGGAUGAAGUCAAGGGCUCAUGAUCUCUUGGACGAUCUAGGAUCCUUAAUGUAACAUUACACGAAUGGAAAUAGACGCAUCUUUUCCUCAUACCCUUACGUCAUGUUCUAUUUCAUAAUCAUAAGCUUUUGUAUCUCAGC